UGCUCUUUUAAAAAAGCCUAGCAUGUAUCAAUAGUCUUUAUUUAAGAUUCAACAAUGAAAGUCAGGCUCCAGCAACGGCCCCAGGCCCUACAAUUCCUCCUGCCAGCUCUCAAAAUACAACAUGUUCGCGCACUUUCAUUAUCAGUCCCGCGAUGCUCGAAUCCUGCUUCCACACCUUCUGCCCCCGCACCUACUACAAAUAAUGCACGAUGGCUGUCCGAUAUCAAGGCUAGGAUAGGGAAAUGCAUAAUGUUCGGCAUGUCCAGUGACCAAACACAGGAAGCAGCUACAGUGAUGAAAGCCAUAGGAGAAGAAUGGCGUGCUCUAGUUGCGGGACGAGAGGGUUUCCUUGUAGGGCGGAAGAGGGCAGGGCUAUUAAGACAAGCUGUUGUAUGGGGAGAGAUGGAUAGAAUGGAACAUGUUAACAAUGUAAUGUAUAUACGAUACGCGGAAUCUGCGCGGGUGAAUUGGGCAUACAACUAUGCGGUACAUAUCGAUCCGGAACAUGGGAAAGAGUGGAUGGACUCAGUGACGCCGAAUGGGUAUGGCAUGAUCUUGAAGUCUAUGAGAACCGAUUACAAAUUCCCUAUGACAUGGCCAGAUCAUAUUUCGGUCUUCCAUAAAUUAUCAUAUCUACCAUCAGCCUCGGAGUCAUCUUUCGUUCUAGAUGUUAUGAUAUUAUCUGAGCUACAUCAAAGACCGGCUGCUAGAUGUGUUGAGGAUAUUGCAGUUUAUGAUUAUAUAAAGAAGCGGAAAGCUAUAGUCAGACCAUUCAUGCUUAAGGCGUUUGAGCAAACUUGGGCGGAACAAGAAGUAGGUUUAUGUUACACUUUCUGCCAGUUCCAUAUAAACAUGGCCAGAGUCUCAUGUGGUAGGGACCAAUAAGUUGAAUGCUGACUUUGGAUAGGCUGAGAAAGCGAGGGUUGAGAAUAGAAUACAAGAACUAGAAAGAACGGUAAGAAACAUCGAGCGAGCAACUUGGGAUCGGGAAGAUGCUGUAGAGGACAUGGGCGGGAGUAGGUAACGAAAUCUACGAUUAAAAACGAAUAACUAUGCCCACAUAUGAGUACAACUUGUGGUUCCAAGAAAGCUUUCGCCCAAGUUUCAAGUCUAUCUGUGCGAAUCAUGAUUGGCCAUUCGUUUUCAUCUCAACAUUUUUGUGUUUGUACAUUACGGUUGAGCUCUUCAUUUACUACUCAGUCUAUCCAUUUCAAUACUGCCGGCGGCUGAGGUGGAGUCGGCCGAGGAGCUGGCUAUUUGUUAUACGUCGUCUGCUCGGUAGCCUCAGUCCCAAAAACAUACCCCUUGAAUUUGAAGUGCCCACCACUAGAUCACCAAUACGGCCACGCACUCUGGUCGAAACUCAGGAAGAGGAAUUCAAGUGUGCGUGUGUAUGUACUUGUCUUGUCGACAGCGGUGGGUGGGAUGAUAAGGUUGAAGAUGGUGCAGAAGUCGUUGCGGGUUAUGAGUGGGAUCUGGUGGAUCCGAACACGACGAUUGGGGCGUGUUUGGAUACAGGAAACAUGAGUUGUGUGUUCAGGUGAUUGCCUGAGAGGGUGCCGUACGCUGGGCAUUUUGGGAGUUAAAGCCUGGGGUGCGGAAGGAGAGGUCGACUAUUCAUCAGGGUAAAGGAGUCAAGUAAAUUUUGAGAUG